GGCCCGGGGGUCCCCGCCGGGCGGGCGGGAUGGGAGCGGGAGGCGGCUUCCCUUCCCGGAGCCCGCCCAGGGAGUAAGGAAGGCGCCCGCGUCUCUCUCCUCCAUCCCGAUUCCCGGACGGCGAAAGCGGGCCUCGUUUGGGGAACCCACCAGGGGACGGAGCCUCCUGCGGCUCACUCCCCCGACCCUCAGGUGUUGGGGCGUCUGCGCCCAGAGGAAGGGUCCCCCAGCCAGGGCCCAGGUCGGCAACGAAGUUAGGAAGCCGGUCUCUCCAGGGUGGAGCCUGGCUGGGGCUGCCCUUCCAGGGAGCAGAGCUGCCCCGAGGAGAAAGCGGGGUCAGGGUCGGCUCCAGAGGGGGAGAAGGGUCUGACCUUGCUGACCUCCCAGGCUGACAGGGGAGCUGCUCCCCCAGAGAAGCAUGGAUGCCCCCCGAAGGGACAUGGAGUUGCUCAGCAACAGCCUGGCGGCCUACGCACACAUCCGCGCUAACCCCGAGAGCUUCGGCCUCUACUUCGUGCUGGGUGUCUGCUUUGGCCUGCUGCUCACCCUGUGCCUACUAGUCAUCAGCAUCUCCUGUGCACCCCGCCCGCGGCCCCGAGGGCCCACUCCGCGCCGGGACCCCCGCAGCAGCACCCUGGAGGCCGACGACGACGACGACGACGACGACGAGGAUACGGUGACUCGGCCGGGCCCCGAGGUGUCCGCGGAGCCCGACGGGCCCCUGAGCGUCAACGUCUUCACUUCGGCGGAGGAGCUGGAGCGGGCGCAGCGGCUAGAGGAGCGGGAACGGAUCCUGCGGGAGAUCUGGCGCACUGGACAGCCAGACCUGCUGGGCACCGGCACGCUGGGGCCCAGCCCCACGGGCACGGGCACCCUGGGCCGCAUGCACUAUUACUGACCGGCCCCCAGAGCGUACUGGAUAUGCACAGGGGCUUCGAGCUGCCCCAGGACCUUUGGACUGCCCCUGCCCACGGUGCUAUGGAGGCCCCGCCCCCACGGCUCCCCUGGUGCUGUUGGGCCUGGAUUCCCGUCCCCUGGGAGACACCCUUCCCCCGUCCAGCCAGAAGGCCCUGGGGGUAGGGCAGGACGCAGGGUCCCCAUCCCCUCUCUGGGGGACGGUUAAGAGGUGACGUGACCAAUGAAAGCUGCAUUCUCAGUGA